CUCCCGGCCCUGCCCUGCCCUGCUCCCCGCCGGCUGCUGCCAGGCGCUUGCUAGUCCGCACAAGGGGCCGCCCAGGCGAGGUGCGGCCUCCGCCCAGGCGGGGGUGUCGGCGCGUGGGGCUCCGCCAUGGCUGCGUCCGAGCUCUACACAAAGUUUGCUAGGGUUUGGAUACCUGAUCCUGAGGAAGUUUGGAAGUCAGCAGAGCUGCUCAAAGAUUAUAAGCCUGGAGAUAAAGUCCUCCUGCUUCACCUUGAGGAAGGAAAGGAUUUGGAAUACCGUCUAGAUCCAAAGACCAAGGAGCUGCCUCAUCUACGAAACCCUGAUAUACUUGUUGGUGAAAAUGACCUCACUGCCCUCAGCUAUCUUCAUGAGCCUGCUGUGCUCCAUAAUCUCAGAGUCCGCUUUAUUGAUUCCAAACUCAUUUAUACAUAUUGUGGUAUAGUCCUAGUAGCUAUAAAUCCUUAUGAACAACUGCCCAUUUAUGGAGAAGAUAUUAUUAAUGCUUACAGUGGUCAGAACAUGGGUGAUAUGGAUCCACAUAUCUUUGCAGUAGCUGAAGAAGCUUAUAAGCAAAUGGCCAGAGAUGAGCGAAAUCAGUCCAUCAUUGUAAGUGGAGAGUCUGGGGCAGGAAAAACAGUCUCAGCUAAGUAUGCCAUGCGAUACUUUGCAACUGUAAGUGGUUCUGCCAGUGAGGCCAACGUUGAAGAGAAGGUCUUAGCCUCCAACCCCAUCAUGGAGUCUAUUGGAAAUGCUAAAACAACCAGGAAUGAUAAUAGCAGUCGCUUUGGGAAGUAUAUAGAGAUUGGUUUUGAUAAGAGAUAUAGAAUCAUUGGUGCCAAUAUGAGAACAUACCUUUUAGAGAAAUCCAGAGUGGUGUUCCAGGCAGAAGAGGAGAGAAACUAUCAUAUCUUCUAUCAGCUUUGUGCCUCAGCACAAUUACCUGAAUUUAAAAUGCUGCGAUUAGGAAAUGCAAAUAGCUUUCAUUACACGAAACAGGGAGGUAGCCCAGUGAUUGAAGGAGUGGAUGAUGCAAAGGAGAUGGCACACACCAGGCAGGCCUGCACUCUACUAGGAAUUAGUGAAUCUUAUCAAAUGGGAAUUUUUCGAAUACUUGCUGGCAUCCUUCACUUAGGCAAUGUUGCAUUUACUUCUCGAGAUUCAGACAGCUGCACAAUACCUCCCAAGCAUGAACCUCUCAGCAUCUUCUGUGAUCUCAUGGGUGUGGAUUAUGAGGAGAUGUGUCAUUGGCUUUGCCAUCGGAAGCUGGCUACUGCCACAGAGACAUACAUCAAGCCCAUCUCCAAGCUGCAGGCCACAAAUGCCCGUGAUGCUUUAGCCAAGCACAUAUAUGCCAAGCUCUUUAACUGGAUUGUAGAUCAUGUCAAUCAGGCUCUGCAUUCUGCUGUUAAGCAGCACUCUUUUAUUGGCGUGCUGGACAUUUAUGGAUUCGAAACAUUUGAGAUAAAUAGUUUUGAGCAGUUUUGUAUAAAUUAUGCAAAUGAAAAACUACAGCAGCAAUUCAACAUGCACGUUUUCAAAUUGGAACAAGAGGAAUACAUGAAAGAACAAAUUCCAUGGACACUCAUAGAUUUUUAUGAUAAUCAGCCUUGUAUUAAUCUUAUAGAAUCUAAACUGGGCGUUCUAGAUUUGCUGGAUGAGGAAUGCAAGAUGCCUAAAGGUACAGAUGACACUUGGGCCCAAAAAUUGUACAACACACAUUUGAACAAAUGUGCGCUCUUUGAAAAGCCUCGCCUGUCAAACAAAGCUUUCAUCAUCCAACAUUUUGCUGACAAAGUGGAAUACCAGUGUGAAGGCUUUCUUGAAAAGAAUAAAGACACUGUUUUUGAGGAACAAAUUAAAGUUCUUAAGUCAAGCAAGUUUAAGAUGCUACCAGAACUAUUUCAAGAUGAUGAAAAGGCCAUUAGUCCAACCUCAGCUACCUCUUCAGGGCGUACACCCCUCACCCGCAUUCCUGCAAAGGCCACCAAGGGCAGACCAGGCCAGACAGCCAAAGAGCACAAGAAAACAGUGGGGCAUCAGUUCCGAAAUUCCCUUCACUUGCUUAUGGAGACUCUCAAUGCCACUACUCCUCACUAUGUGCGCUGUAUUAAGCCUAAUGACUUCAAGUUUCCAUUCACGUUUGAUGAGAAGAGGGCAGUGCAGCAACUGAGAGCAUGUGGUGUCCUGGAAACCAUUCGAAUCAGUGCAGCAGGUUUCCCCUCACGGUGGACUUACCAAGAAUUUUUCAGUCGCUACCGAGUCCUAAUGAAGCAAAAAGAUGUGCUAGGUGACAGAAAGCAAACAUGCAAGAAUGUGUUAGAGAAACUGAUACUGGACAAGGACAAAUACCAGUUUGGUAAAACAAAGAUCUUUUUCCGUGCUGGUCAAGUGGCCUAUCUAGAAAAAUUGAGGGCAGACAAACUGAGGGCUGCCUGCAUUCGGAUCCAGAAGACCAUCCGAGGUUGGCUGCUGAGGAAGAAGUACCUACGCAUGCGUAAAGCAGCCAUCACUGUGCAGAGAUAUGUGCGGGGCUACCAGGCUCGAUGCUAUGCUAAAUUUCUGCGUAGAACCAACGCAGCAGUCAUCAUUCAGAAAUACUGGCGCAUGUAUGUGGUCCACAAGAAGUACAAGAUUAAACGAGCUGCCACUAUUGUUCUUCAGUCUUACUUGCGAGGCUACUUGGCCAGAAAUAGGUAUCGCAAGAUACUCCGCGAACACAAAGCAGUCAUCAUUCAGAAGUGGAUCCGUGGCUGGCUGGCUCGAACACAUUACAAGAAGAGCAUGCAUGCCAUAAUCUAUCUUCAGUGUUGCUUCAGGCGGAUGAUGGCUAAGCGUGAGCUUAAGAAGCUCAAAAUUGAGGCUCGCUCUGUGGAACGAUAUAAGAAGCUCCACAUUGGCAUGGAGAACAAGAUUAUGCAGCUGCAGCGCAAAGUUGAUGAGCAGAAUAAAGAUUACAAAUGCCUCAUGGAGAAACUGACCAAUCUGGAAGGAAUAUACAACUCUGAGACUGAGAAAUUACGGAGUGACUUAGAACGUCUUCAGCUAAGUGAGGAGGAAGCUAAGGUUGCCACUGGACGAGUUCUUAGUCUGCAGGAAGAAAUUGCCAAGCUCCGGAAAGACCUGGAACAAACUCAGUCAGAGAAAAAAACCAUUGAAGAACGAGCAGAUAGAUAUAAACAAGAAACUGAGCAGCUGGUAUCAAAUCUGAAAGAAGAAAAUACUUUGCUGAAGCAGGAAAAAGAGACCCUUAAUCACCUUAUUGUGGAGCAGGCUAAGGAGAUGACAGAAACUAUGGAGAAGAAGCUAGUAGAAGAAACAAAACAACUGGAACUUGAGCUUAACGAUGAAAGGCUGAGAUACCAGAACCUUCUGAAUGAGUUCAGUCGCCUAGAAGAAAGAUAUGAUGACCUCAAGGAAGAGAUGACCCUCAUGGUGAAUGUGCCUAAGCCUGGACACAAGAGAACAGACUCCACCCAUAGUAGCAAUGAGUCCGAAUAUACCUUUAGCUCUGAAAUUGCAGAUACUGAAGAUAUUCCAUCAAGAACAGAGGAGCCAAGCGAAAAGAAGGUACCUCUGGACAUGUCCUUGUUCCUCAAGCUCCAGAAGCGGGUCACUGAGCUGGAGCAGGAAAAGCAGGUGAUGCAGGAUGAGCUGGACCGCAAGGAAGAGCAGAUGCUACGCAGCAAGGCAAAGGAAGAAGAAAGACCACAAAUUAGAGGUGCGGAACUGGAAUAUGAGUCCCUCAAGCGUCAAGAACUAGAGUCAGAAAACAAAAAACUGAAAAAUGAGCUAAAUGAGUUACGAAAGGCUCUCAGUGAGAAAAGUGCCCCAGAGGUGACUGCUCCAGGGGCACCUGCCUACCGUGUCCUUAUGGAGCAGCUGACCUCUGUGAGUGAGGAGCUUGAUGUCCGCAAGGAAGAAGUCCUUAUCUUAAGGUCUCAGCUGGUGAGCCAGAAAGAGGCCAUCCAACCCAAGAAUACAAUGACAGAUUCCACAAUACUUUUGGAAGAUGUACAAAAAAUGAAAGAUAAAGGUGAAAUAGCACAAGCAUACAUUGGUUUGAAAGAAACAAAUAGAUCUUCUGCUAUGGAUUACCAUGAAUUGAAUGAGGAUGGAGAGCUGUGGCUGGUUUAUGAAGGGUUAAAACAAGCCAACAGGCUCCUGGAAUCCCAGCUGCAGUCACAGAAGAGGAGCCAUGAGAAUGAGGCUGAGGCCCUCCGAGGGGAGAUCCAGAGCCUGAAGGAAGAGAACAACCGGCAGCAGCAGUUGCUGGCCCAGAACUUACAGCUACCCCCAGAGGCCCGCAUCGAGGCCAGCCUGCAGCACGAGAUCACCCGGUUGACCAAUGAAAACUUGUAUUUUGAGGAAUUAUAUGCAGAUGACCCUAAGAAGUAUCAAUCAUAUCGGAUUUCACUUUACAAACGGAUGAUUGAUUUGAUGGAACAACUUGAAAAACAGGAUAAGACUGUCCGGAAACUGAAAAAACAACUGAAAGUUUUUGCCAAAAAAAUUGGUGAACUAGAAGUGGGCCAGAUGGAGAAUAUAUCUCCAGGACAGAUCAUUGAUGAGCCUAUCCGUCCAGUCAACAUUCCCAGGAAAGAAAAAGAUUUCCAAGGAAUGCUGGAAUACAAGAAGGAAGAUGAGCAAAAGCUUGUUAAGAACCUGAUUCUAGAACUAAAACCACGGGGUGUAGCAGUCAAUUUGAUUCCAGGGCUACCAGCAUAUAUUCUGUUUAUGUGCGUUCGACAUGCCGAUUACCUGAAUGAUGAUCAGAAAGUAAGGUCAUUACUAACGUCAACAAUUAACAGCAUCAAAAAAGUAUUGAAGAAAAGAGGUGAUGAUUUUGAAACUGUCUCCUUCUGGCUCUCUAACACAUGCCGAUUUUUGCACUGUUUGAAGCAGUACAGUGGAGAAGAGGGCUUCAUGAAGCAUAAUACCUCUCGCCAAAAUGAACACUGCCUCACCAAUUUUGACCUGGCUGAGUAUCGGCAGGUGCUGAGUGACUUGGCCAUUCAGAUUUACCAGCAGCUUGUACGGGUAUUAGAGAACAUCCUUCAACCAAUGAUUGUCUCAGGCAUGCUGGAGCAUGAAACAAUUCAGGGUGUGUCCGGGGUGAAGCCCACGGGGCUAAGAAAGCGAACCUCCAGUAUUGCAGAUGAAGGCACCUACACACUGGACUCCAUCCUCCGACAGCUCAACUCAUUCCACUCAGUCAUGUGUCAGCACGGCAUGGACCCAGAACUGAUCAAGCAGGUGGUCAAGCAGAUGUUUUAUAUUGUGGGGGCCAUCACCCUGAACAACCUCCUCCUGCGUAAGGACAUGUGCUCCUGGAGUAAAGGCAUGCAGAUCAGGUACAAUGUCAGUCAACUAGAAGAAUGGCUACGUGACAAGAAUCUGAUGAACAGUGGGGCAAAAGAAACCCUGGAACCACUCAUUCAAGCUGCUCAGCUUUUGCAAGUAAAAAAGAAAACAGAUGAUGAUGCAGAAGCCAUUUGUUCCAUGUGCAAUGCUUUAACUACUGCCCAGAUUGUCAAAGUGUUGAAUUUGUAUACUCCAGUUAAUGAGUUCGAAGAAAGAGUCUCCGUUUCAUUUAUUCGUACUAUACAGAUGCGUUUACGAGAUAGGAAAGACUCGCCUCAGCUGCUCAUGGAUGCUAAACACAUCUUUCCUGUCACCUUUCCUUUUAACCCAUCCUCCCUCGCACUAGAAACCAUCCAGAUUCCAGCUAGCCUGGGCCUGGGAUUCAUUUCACGGGUCUGAAAGUGAUGUCCAGGCAAACAAUGACAGUAUACUCCUUGUCUGGAUAAGAACCAUUAUUUCCAGUAAGCUACUGAAAAAUACAUUUUUAAAGAGAAAGUACUGAUUACCUCUCAAACAAGAAGGUAUUAACUGGAAAUCUCCCUAGAGGCUUUCAUCAUCUUGGAAGAAAGAUAGGCUCCUUUGUGCCAUGUUACCUUUAAAGCAACACUCAUUCCUGCUCAGCUGGUAUCCUGAGUUUACAUGCCACUGGAUGAUGGAAGGAAGAAAGAAAAGAAAGGAAGGCAAAUGUGUCAACAUUUAUUUUAAAUCCUUAGCACUGCAUUUAGUGGUAUAGAAAACAUAAAUUCCAUAUGCAUAGGCUGUUGUUAGGAAGACAACAACAAAGAAUGAUCUCUGUGCUAAACAGAAUUGAAAGAAAAAUCACCAUUGAAUACAUAUCAGUUUAGGAAUCAGUUAUGUUGAUAUUAUCAAACUGGAUCAAAUAAACUGGCAAUAUGUAAAGUAGUUGGUCAAGUAAAUUCCUUAUUUGUGUCACUAUGAUAUAGAACUACUAAAAGAAUGUUGGUUUGCUAUAUAACAUAGAUGUUCAUCUGUACUGUAGCUUACUGAGCAUUUUAAAUUGCUGCUACAUAAUAUCUCCUUAAAAUGUAGAUGAUACUCUUAUUAGGCACUACAACAAUAAGCUUCUAUUUUAUCAACUCUGUUUACAAUUCAAUCAGAUCAGUUUUAACUGGAUUAUAUGCAAAUAUCUACAGAGUCACCUGCACAAGUAGCAGACACUGGAAAAUCAUGUAAUAUGACAAAAUGCUUGACAUUUAGGGGUAGGAAUAGACAAAUUGUCUAUUGUUGAUGUCACUGUUUAUUCAGGAUGUAUUACAUUGACAUGCUCAUUAAUUUUCUCUGGGUGGAUAUUACAUCAGGGUACAGUGUUUUGUGAAGUGACUUUAUUUUAGUUCCCAGAUCUGAUUCCUGUAGUAUAUAUUUUCAACUUUGACAGGUUUUCUUUCUUCUUAAUUCACUAAGAAUCAAUCUCAAUCACUAUGUAGAAAGGAUUGUCAGAAUUUUCAUGAUUCGGGUCUUGAAACUUUGAUUAGCCUAUAAAUUAUGCAAAAGAAGAUAUAUAAUAAAUAUUAUGAUUCAGGUUUUUUAGACUUUGCAACUUCUAUAAAUGUUCUCAGAUACCACUAGAUACUUUAAAAAGCAUCAUAUUAGAAAUACCUUAAGGAGACUUAUAUAAAAAAUAUAUGAAGAUUGUGGAAUUUUAUAGAGAAUUUGGUUCAGUAAGACUCAAAUUCUAUAGGUUUUUAAUCUGAAAUUCUAAAUAAACAAUUCUCCAGUUUUUCUAGAAAUAUUAGUAAAAUAAAUCCUUCAGGUUGUACAAAAGUAAAUUACUAGCUUUCAUCAGAAAUUCUGGUUCUUAAUUAUAAUUAUAAUCAUAGAUUUAUGUAAUUUAACUGUUAGAUGGUCUAUAAAAAUGACAUAUCUUAUUAAAAAUAUGUGCAAUAUUAUUUAUGGAAGUCAAACAGUUUCAAAUCAGUGAUAAAGAUUGUAUUAAAAGAUAUCAUCUAUUAACUUAUUUGAGCCUCAAUUUCCUUGUUUAUAAAAUAGAAGGGUUGGACAGCUGAUUCUUAAGAUCUCUUCCAUAUCUAAAAUUCUCUCCUUUCAGCACUUAGAUCCUAGAGAAAAAAAGCCACAAUUUAGUCCAUCCUCUCUUGGAAAGACCAGUGUGUAGUGCCUGUCAUUUCCUUAGGAUUAAUAAAAUGCAAACUCACAAGUUUAUGUAGCUGUAACCUUUCUUAAAUGUACAUGAUUUAUGCACAUGUGCAUUUCAAAAGGCCCAUGCUUUAGAAAGCCCUAUUAUAUUGUUUUAUUUGAAAGUAAUUUAAAUUUUAUUACAUCAUGUACUGCUUUAUUCAGUUUUAAAACAUUUAUUUUCAACAUGAACCUCCCAAUUCUAAUCUAAUCAUAUUCUGUUUUCCUGAUUGCCAAUGUGGUUUCAAUAAACAAUUAACUCUUCUAGACAUUUAGCUAGUGCUAAAUGUGUCAGAGUCUAACAGCACAGGUGUGACAUGGGCAGGGGAGUUGCCAAGAAAGUACAAUCAUGGUACAGGCUGUCCACCUUAGCCCUGGCAGUCCUCCCUGGUCCUCUCCCAGCUUGAUCCUAUGUGGCAUGACCCAUGUACACCACACUUUAUCCUGUAUUCAAGAUCACAUGGUAGCUCCCACUUUCAUUGCUUCCUUUUUCCUUACUCCUGGCAUUUCAUGUCCUAAAGCAUCUGUGGUCUGAGACUUUCCCUCCUGUCCUCUGGUUUUCUGCUGUCAAGUGCUGUGGCCACUGUUCCACAUUAGACCAGAGCUUCCACCGCCAUCCCAUGUAGUUUCUCCUAUUCCAGUGAUGGUGGCACAAAGUUUCUUCUAUUCCAGGGCUUUCAUUCUCUCCAAGGCCUCCCCAGAACCCCAAAUAGGGAUCAGGAUUAACUUUUCUUGAUAGCCUGAAGAUUUUUAGUAUAACAAGAAUAUCUUACAACCAGGGAACCUCAAGAGCUAGAAAUGACUCUCUGCACUACUUUGUUGAGGAUGCACCAAGAUUCUGCUGACCAUGGGUACCCAUUAGCCAGUUUGAGAACUGCUCGCUCUCCCUCUUCCCACACCUUUUCAUUCACCUUCAUAUACACACACCCAGCUUUUUGUCUGUUCUCUUUACUCUUCCCUUCCCUCUGCUUAGUCAUACAUCCCAUCAGCUGCUGACUAGCAGGCUGCCUGUGCACUGAAGGUAGACAUGUGGAGUCUGUUUCCAUUUGCCCUACUUGAUCUUCCUUGUGACUUAUCUUUGCAUCAAUCUUUGCACAGAUUUUGUUGUUCUCACUUCUCUGCAAUACAUUCUUUUCGUAGUUCCUCUGUGACACAGUAGGAAUGCAAAGGAAGAGACCUUGGAAGCCACAACAAUCUCCUCUUUCCAAUAGUCAUCACCCCUCUCCCAUUAGGUCCAAGCUCAACUCACAUCCUUGUAAUGCAAAGAAAAAAGUAGAAGCAGUUCCCUUCCUGUGGUUUUUCUUAGGUUAAGGAUUCCAUCUGCCUUAGAGGAGGAAAGAUGAAUAUGGCAUAAAAUCCACCAAGUAUAACAUCAUGGUUCUUUUAGAGGUUUUAAAAAUUCCCCACAUACCUGACACUGCUUUCCUCAGGCACAAAAGUACAAAAAGUGUAUCCCAGACCCAACCACUGGAAGAUUGGGGAUCAGUUUCAGUUUGGAUGAUUUGUUUUAUUAUCUUUCAUUUCAAUGGAUAGUUGAGAGUUGGCUCUUUUUUCAUAAUUAUGUAAUAUAAAUCAAGUCCUUAAUAAUGUAGUGGAAAAAGCUAUGAAAAUACUUCAUUUAAAUUUCAGUGUAGUGAUUACUGUGAGAAAUUAACUCCCUGGUAACUCCAGGAAAAUAGGACCUGUCACCAUCACAAGAAGUCCUCAUGAUUUCUCUCUCCUUCCUGUUUCUCUCUCUCUCUCUCUCUCUCUCUCUCUCUCUCUCUCUCUCUCUCUCUCUCUCUCACACACACACACACACACACACACACACACACGCA